AUGACAACUAGAGGCAGAUGGUUGGACAACUAUUGGCACAAGAAUAGAUCCACGGUGAAGAUGAAAUCAGGACGUGAUCCUCACGUUAACGACAUAUCACGUAACUUUCAAGUAAGCGUGAGUGUCCUCGAAGGCAAGAAACUAAUAUUCGCUUACCCGCACCAGCCCUCUUCUUACGUGGUUAUCGCUUUAGACGAAGUGAAAUAUCGGACUGGAGUAAAAGAAAAUACGAGAGUGCCGUAUUAUAGAGAGAACUUCGUUUUCGAGCUGUUCACGAAUGCCGCCGAAAUGAAACGCAAAUGUCUAUGGUUCACCGUAAUUGAGCCAUUUGGUGGCAUCCCUCGCAUGUUGGGGGAAGCUGGAGUGGACCUGUGGCAUCUGUGGAGGCAUCCACACCACACGAUUACUCACAAGUGGGUACAGCUGACCCUGCCUACCGAUGCAAAGAAGGACCCAGUCGGCUACCUGAAAGUGGACAUCUCCAUUUCGGUCCGCGCUGAAGUGUUAAAUGCGAUGUGCUUCCAAGAGAGAAUAGAGGACAACAUGUUACUACUUUGCGGUUCCGAACAGCAACCAGCCUGCUACCAAGUGACGAUCUACCGCGCAUACAACGUUCCCUGUAGCUCUCACAUACGCCCGGACAUUUUAGGAAACCCGCCGAGCACGUGCGUGAGACUAGCCUUCUGUGACCUGCUGGGUGAGACUUGCCCGCAGUACCGCACCAACAACCCAGUGUACAUCCAGCGCAUAUCCCUGGUCGAGAUGUUUCCGAACGUGUGCGACAUAAUCCAGCUGGAUGUGUGCUCUGUUAACGUGGGGUCGAAGGUUCUGGCAAGUACGAGGCUGAAGCUGUCGGAAAUAUCGCAUGGCGGGGAGAACGGAUUCCUCCCCACAUUCGGGCCAUCCCUCCUCCACAUGUACGGGCCGUGGCGCGAGUCUGACGACGGGCCGUUCCACCGCGGCGCGCUGCUGGUUGCCAUGAAGACCAUAGUCCCAUAUUACAAGCAGGGUCUCAGGACGGUGCAUGUGGAACCGGUGAACGCUGGGUCGCUGGAUACGGAGUGGAUCAUCGAGAACUUCAUCAUGUUCUGUCCUAUCUUCGAAGUGUCCAUGCUGGAUAAGAGCUUAUCGGGAACCUCGUGUGGGAUUGCGAUCACCGCUGGAGAGAUCCCUUUUAGCAGCCCCUUUGGCCAAGAUUCUGACGAAUUUGAGAGAGUGACGUCUGACAUAAUUUACAUGCUCGACUCAUCAGAACAGAAGAAACUGCAUUACACGGGCGGCAGGCCCAUCCGCUGGAACAGCCACGUGUCGGGGCACCUGGAGCUGACGUGCCCGGUGCUGCAGCUGACCGCGCGGCUGCCGGACCUGCGGCUCCGGGUGUACGUGGACAACGUGCUGCGGGGGAUCCUAGCUGAUCUGGAAAAAAAUCUAUCAGAAAUCUCCACCCGUCUCACAAACAAUGACUACAAGUGUCCAAACGACCUUCUGGAGUCCCUCCAUCGCUCGAACGACGAAACUGCCUCCAAGAUCAGGAAGUUUCUAGAACUUGUCCAAUGCUCCAGCUCAAACGAGGACAUGCAGAAGUAUACCACCGAGCUGGAUCACAAACUUGUUCAACUGCAGAAGGAGAAGAUCGAAAAAAUAUACAGUCGACUAAUAUCAAGAAAGACUAAAGCCCUUAAUUCGCCGUGCUGCAGCAGGGGCAAGCCCCUUUGUCUUAAAGACACUGGAUCCAAGAAAACUGUCAAAAUGGUGCUGGCCGAAGCCAAGAGCGUCCUCCACGAGCUGAAGGAACUCUUGUACAAGACUCCGGACGGCUGGCCGCAUAUAUCGGUAUGGUUGCUAAGCAACGGGUCCCGCGUCGCUCACGCCAAGAUCACGCCCGGUGACGUCAUAUAUUCCGUCACGCCGGAGCAGAGCGGCCGGCGGUGUGGGAAGAUACAGACGGUUUAUCUUAAGCCCAUAAAAUGCCUUCAUCACCACCCGCUGGAGUGCUAUUGCAUCUUCGGAAAAGUAGAGCUGCUCGCUUGGAUGGGGUUGUUCAGGCAUCGCGCCAUGUUCCAGUAUUGUAUCCCAGACGGGUACAGAAGUACCGAGUCGGGCCUUGGCCUCGAGUGUGAGACGAUGUUCCUCGAAUGCUGCGUGAACAUCUAUCGAGCUAAGCUGUGCGGCUCGAGCGAUCUCAGCGGUCUGUCGCCCUUCGUGAGAGUCCACUUUAUCAACAACGUCAAAGACACGCAGGUAUGUCAAAAUACUGCCCACCCGGUUUGGAGUGAGGUGCUCCGUAUAUCGUACAGCGCUAACGUGUCACCCCAACGCCUGGCGGCUACUCCACCGGAGAUACUCGUCGAGGUGUAUCACUGGGAUGCCACGCAAAAGGUAAUACCCGAACCCCCUUCCGAACCCCGUCUAUGUUUGAGUGGUAAAAUCGAUCUGCUCGGUCGCGUCACAUUGACGCCUGAGUUUUUGGCCCAAGAUUUGGAGUCACCGCCUGCGCUGGACUGGCGCGACCUUCAUCUGGGGGCAGAACACGUGGGCAAAAUACAGAUGUCCGCACAACUUAUGCAAAACAACGAGCACGUGCUAAACAAGGCAUGGAGCAACAGAGCACAGGAACUACUCCUGAGGUCCAGCGACAUAGUCGUCCGGACUGUGUUGACCUCUGCAUUGCCGGAACCGCUCCCCCUGCAUAUAUUGCCUGCUAAUAUGAGUUACAAAAUUGACGUAUACUUUUGGGGUCUUCGAGAAGUGAGCGUCACGAACAAGCCUCUGGUGACCCUGGAACUGGAGGACAUCACCAUAAAGUCGGCAAUAAUUACACAAAGCAAGUCCAACUGCAACUUUCCCAAUGCAAGGAUUUCACAGACAUUCCAAGGUAACUUGACCAACGGAUCCCAGUUAACCAUCAAAUUGUUUGACACAACCACCUUCGGACGGACCCUGCUCGUAGGUUCGAAUGUGAAGAAACCUGAGAAAUACCUUCUCACCUGGCUGCCUAAGAGUGAGAGGGAUGAAAAACUGCUUUUGAAGCCUGUAGUGAACAAUCUCUUCAUGCAAGUAAAUCGCAAGACAUUUGUUAAAAGAAGCUUGACAUGUCCCGUUUCCGAAAAUUCUAAACCCUACAAAAACGAAGAGGAGAAAAGUCCAAAAGUGAAAUGGGACAUGAUGAAGAAAAUGUUCUUCAAAAAGGAUUGCGAGGAAGAAAUAAUGCUGCUACCUAUUUACUCUAAGGAAAGAGAGAGCGCCGUGAAAGAGACGGAAGAUGAUUGGUGGACGAGAUAUUAUACUUCGUUAAAUGAAAAAUCGUCUGGCGACAGAGAACUGCCCUCCAACCGGAUAACGUGUUUCAAGAUAUACGAUUCCGAGUUGGAGGAGCAGCCGGACUUCGCCAGGUUCAAGGACUGGUGCGGCACCAUCAAGUUCUACAACAGCAGCAAGACCGGGUUACCGGACGAGGACGAAAAACUGCGCUGUGGCUACUUGAAGGCCAGUAUAGCGCUAUACCAGUGGCCGUCGCCGACGGACACGCUGGCAGUCAGCAGUAGCGGCGUCGACCUAGAACGGGGCUACUUCGACAGUCACCCCGACAACGAGCCAGCCCGAUACCUAGUCCGCGUGUACGUGGUGAAAUUAUCUGGUCUGGUGACCAAGGGUACGUCCAGGUGCUACGUGACCGUGCAGUGCAACUCUAAGAAAAUGUGCGACCGGGAGUCUAGCGUGCCGAGGGAUGCUGAACCUGCGUUUGGAAAAAUGUACGAGCUCGACUGUACGCUUCCAGAAGAUUAUCUCCUGAAGAUAUCGCUGGUAGACUGCGGAGCUAUGGCCGACGAACUGAUCGGCUGCACCAGUAUUGAUCUCGAGAACAGGGCCUACUCGAAAUAUAGGGCUACUGUUGGACUGGCUUCUGAGUAUAAUAUAAACGGCCCCAACAGAUGGCGUGACAGUGACCGGCCGUCCGCCAUAUUGGAGCAGCUCUGCGAGAAGAACCACCUACCCGCGCCUGAGUUCCCCGACCCCUCAUCCCUGGUCUUCAACGGGGUGGAGUAUAAAGACCCGGAUUCUGGAGCGAAAUACACAAACCCUUUAGCAAGCAAGGAGAACCUUUGCCUGAAUAUCCUUCACAAUUGGCACACCAUCCCCGUGUGCGGACACCGACUCGUACCUGAACAUGUCGAGGUCAGAAGUCUGUACGACCCUGACAAACCCGGGGUUGAACAGGGAAAGAUCCAUAUGUGGGUGGACAUGUUCCUGCUGGACUCGCGACAUGCAAUACCUUCGCCUGUCUCCAUCCGUCCUCGCCCCGACGAGCACUAUGAACUGCGAGUUAUUGUGUGGGACGUGCAGGGCUUGAAGCUGCCAAAGGGAGCUAAUAUUUAUGUUAGAGCAUGGAUUGGACCUAGUGAUGAAGCCCAAGACACCGAUAUCUACACGAGCACAAACGGCGAAGGACGCUUCAGUUGGAGAAUGAUCUUCCAGUUUCAAUACAAGGAUACUGAAAGAAAGUUGGUGCUUCAGGAUAAGGGUCCGUUCACGGAGGUGACGGAGCUGUUUCCGCCCAUUCUCGUGGUCCAGGUCUUGGAUAUAGACGCUCCGACUCUUCAAGAUUUUAUAGGUAUGCUAACGCUGGACCUGUCGGGCAUGCCGCGCGGCUCACGGACGCCGCACAGCGCGUACACUGUAACGAAGAUGCGCAAAGUGAACAUGUUUGCUAUGCGCAACGCUCGCGGCUGGUGGCCGCUCAGGAUGGUCGACCGGAACUCCGGGAACUAUUAUUUUGCUGGUAUUAUAGAGCUGGAAAUAUCGCUGCUGCCUCAGGAGAAGGCUCUGCUGAUGCCCGUUGGUCUUGGCAGGGACCCGCCAGUGCCACUGCCUGAUCCAAUCCACCAACCACAUGUUUCACGCAGCAAAUCCGACACAUCACUAGUUCAGUGUGGACCAACAACGCGGCUUCUCGUGGUACUCGGUUUUCUAUUCCUCGGUGGCUGUCUCUACUGGCAACUGCCUAUCAUAGUGGUUAGCAGCAUACCUUCUAUGAAUAUAUAA